CGAUUUUCCGUGCAUAACAUAUGUGAAGAUAGAGUAAAGCCUUCUCUACAAAAUGCUGAAAAUCCGAACUCUCUAUUUCUUCUCGCUCUCGAGUUAUUCAAAAAACAUUCAUGGUAGCUGUAUACAGAAAUCCAUAGUAGAAACCCCGUUUACCUAAAGCCGAGUAUAAAUAACUGCUUAUCGAUAACAUUUUGAAAAGCCAAAUAUAGGGAUUUGUAGCGCUCGGAAAUCUCUCCCGAAUGAUGCAUUACUUUACCGUUUCCAAUAAGCUGUUAAUUUACAAAUAAAAGUCUAAGGCACCAGAGUGAUAUUAAUUAGUAGUCAUUAACAUUGAUUAAUUAUAAAAAGGUAGGACCUUAACACUGUUUUUAAUUAAAUUUUAAACUUAAUUAAUUAAUAACUCUGUGAAUAAUUAUCAGUUCAUCGAAAAAACUGAAUGAUAUAUGUUAAUCAGGUGUCCUCUUCAAACUGAUAUAAUUUGAGGGCACAUAUAGAGGGAGGGGAUGGAUCUCCCCCUUAAAUCAUAUUUGAAUUUCUUCUUCUGACUCUUAGAAAAGCAUGUGUGAAUUUAUUUUCUACACGAGUAUGUUCCUUUCGUAUAGGGCCCGUUGUUUGGUAUCAAAAGAUCGAGUACGCUGUCCAGCAUUGGCUGUCAAAAGCAUUCGAAAACACCUUUGGAUGUGUGUUAUGCACACCUGGAUGUUUUUCUUUAUUUCGAGCAUCAGCGUUAUUAGAUGAUAAUGUCUUAAAGACCUAUUCUAGGACAGCAGAGGAAGCUGCAGAAAUGGUACAAUAUGAUCAAGGCGAAGAUCGUUGGCUCUGUACAUUACUUUUACUAUGUCGAUCUGGCUAUAAUGUUGACUAUUGUGCCAAUGCAGAUGCAGCUGCUAACUCGCCUGAUACAUUUACUGAAUUUUUAAAUCAACGUCGACGUUGGAUUCCAUCAUCAUUAAUCAAUCACUUUGAUUUUGUUAAAAACGGACAAAAUAUUACAAAACAUAAUAAAAAUUUAUCAAUUUGGUAUAUAAUUAUGCAAGGAAUAAUAUUUAUUAGUAAUGUUACCGGACCGGCCUUUAUUAUUAUCUACAUGCCUAGUGCAUUAACAUUUAGUGGUAUUAGUUUAAGUACAGCCUAUGUAAUCAUUAUUAUUCCUACUGCUUUACAUCUUGCAAUUUGUUUAACUUGCACAAAAGACGUUCAAAUACGUGCAACAGCCAUAUGCUCUCUAAUAGUAGCAUUACUUUUUACAAUGGGUCUAGCGACAAGCAUAUUUGCCAUAUUAUAUGAAUCCAGUAAUUAUGCAAAUUAUUUUAUUGUAUUUAUAACAGCAGUGACAUUUCUUGCCGGUUUAUUACAUCCGUUGGAAGCAGGAAAUUUAUUUUAUCUCAUACUUUACAUCGUUGGUACGCCAGUAAUGUUUCUGUUGUUUUACAAUUAUGCUAUUUGUAAUAUUAAUGAUGUGGGUUGGGGUACUAGAGAACAGAAGAAAGAUAAUAAUAAAAAGUCAAAAAAAUCAUAUUUUGCACGCUUCAAACAUAUAAUAAGUUUGUGGAUGGACAAAUGGUUAAAUGACAUGGAAUUACGUUUGAAGCCAGUAUACUUAUAG